UUCCAAAAAUUUAGAUUUGACAGCAAUUUUAAUCAUAGUGGAGCAAUAAAUUCAUUUUGUUUUUAAGCAUUCAAUUGAAUUUAAAUUGUGUUAAUUUAGAAAAAUGUCGGAACAUUCAGAUGAGGUCAGCCAAGUUACAAAAGAUGGUGAGAUCGAUGGACCAAGGAUAAAUAAUUUUGCCCAAAAAUUUUUGGAUGAAUUAAAUGAGGAACGUGAUAGACUGAGCAAUGAGUUUCCAUUGUGUGCGUUGCUUAUAGAGGAAGCUAUUGAAAGAGUGUGCACUACAGGCCGAAUUCCUGGCAGAGAAUAUUAUGCUGAUGUUUACAAACAAAAGCCUAUCAAAUUGGUUCAAAAAGUAUUUGUCCCAAUUAAACAAUACCCAAAGUUCAACUUUACUGGAAAAAUAUUAGGCCCUAAAGGCAAUUCACUUCGUCGUUUGCAAGAAGAGACUCAGUGUCGCAUUGUCAUCAAGGGACGGAAUUCCAUACGCGAUCGAGCUAAGGAAGAAGAAAUGCGUAAUUCGGGCGAUCCACGACACUCUCAUUUAAACAAAGAUUUAUUUGUUGAGAUAAGCACCGUCGCAACACCCGCAGAAGCUUACGCUCGUGUGGCAUACGCUCUUGCUGAAAUACGAAAAUAUCUAGUUCCUGACAAAAAUGACGACGUUGCGCAAGAACAACUUCGUGAACUUAUGGAAAUCGAUCCCAAAACCGCAAAGCAGUUUUCUAAAUCAAUAUAUGAAAACAAAAUAGUAUCAAGUGGUCCAUCCAAGUAUUUGAAUUUUGUAAAACAAUAUGCAUAUCAGAUUGAUCCAUCUAAAGAGGAGGAAUCAGAAGAGGAGUAUUAUGAAACUCGUAUUCCUAAACGUACAAUCGUUCCGGCUUACGAAUAUACCCGAGCAAAAAUUGUGCCAACAACUUUGCCAUAUAAACGUCCACCAACUGCCUCUAUAUACGGAACUCAAAUGAAACGUUUCCGCGAAGCUCCAGUUAGACCAGCAAUAAGACCCGUUGCACAUGGAGUAUUAAAGAGAUAUAAAUAAAUAACAGUAUAACAAGUUUUCAUUGAAUUAAAUAUACAGCAUAAUUAAUAACAUUUAACUUAUCAUAUGUCAUCAAAAAGUAUCGUAAUAAUAUAUAAAAUAAAUUU